UUUCCAGGGUCACGUUCGUCCUGCCUCCUCCCGGUGCGCGCGCGCAGCUCUCAGGACGGAGUCUUUGCGUUUUUUCCUGACAUCCUAACCGUCGGUGUUUGUGCGGAGCUGAUUUUAUCCGGAAAACGCCGCUUAUCUGCAGGCAUGCCGCAGUAGAGCACGCGUGUUUGCUUUCCCGGGACUCGGACAGGACUGACUUUACAAAGGUCGCCCGCUCGCCGCGCGCUGCGGGCGCUCACCAUGGAGAUGCAACGAUGGAGCCCCAGGUGGAAAACGAAAAGGGGUCUGUGGGACUGGACCCUAGUCGCCUUCAUAGUGUUAACCUUUCAACCGUCCAGAGCAGCUGAACCCGUGGACAUCCUGAAGGCGUUGGACUUCCAGAGUUCCCCUGAAGGAGUCCGGAAAGCACCGGGAUUCUGCGCAUUCCGGAGAGGAUCCAAACCCGACGUAGCGUUCCGGGUCAGCAAGAGCGUCCAGAUCAGCGCUCCAACCAAGCAGAUCUUUCCAGGGGGGGCUUUCCCAGAAGACUUCUCCAUCAUGUUCACCAUCAAGCCCAAAGCCGGACGCCAGGCCUUCCUGUUGUCUGUUUACAACCAGCAGGGCAUCCAGCAGCUGGGCGUGGAGGUGGGCCGCGGCCCGCUCUUCCUGUACGAAGACCAGCACGGCAGCCCCCCCCCAGAGGAGUACCCGCUGUUCCGCUCCAUCAACCUGGCUGAUGGAAAGUGGCAUCGAGUAGCUCUCAGCGUGGAGAAGAAGAGUGUCACCAUCAUCGUGGACUGUAAGAAGAAGCUGACCAAACCUUUGAAGAGGAGUGAUCGGGCUGUGAUCAGCACGGAAGGCAUCACAGUCUUUGGAACCAGGAUUCUAGACGACGAGGUCUUUGAGGGAGACAUCCAGCAGCUGCUGAUGGUGGCGGACCCCCGAGCAGCCCACGACUACUGCGAGCACUACAGCCCCGACUGCCACGCCCCCAGCCACCAGGACACGCCCCAGGCCCAGGAACCCGAGGAAACCGAGUACGACAACUAUUACUAUGAUCGGCUGUACGAAUACACUGAAGCUCCUCCCACUGCAGCAGAGAAGACUGAGACUGGUGUAGACGUGGACUUCUAUCCAGACGGAUACUCCCCUGUGGAGGGGGGUCAGCCGGAAAACCCCACGGAGACCAAACAAACCAGACCGGAUUCUGAAGGUGAGAUAGUGGACGAUUACAUCACUGGGGUGGAGGAGGUCGGUGUGGACCCCACGCCGCCGGCGGACCCCGACCUUCUCAAGUUUAAAGAAUACGACCUGAAGGAAUAUGACGGUAGCAAACAUGUCUAUGACUACGGUAACUAUGGAGACUACGGAGACUACGGAGACUCUGUCUCCACCGACGCCAAACCCACUCCAGAACCCCACGAGGAAGAGCUGGGACCGGUGUUGCCCGCAGAGACCGACUUCACAGGGAGCAGUGUGGGCGGAGGUCAGUCUUCCUAUGGAGAAAAGGGAGAAAAGGGAGAACCAGCUGUCAUUGAACCGGGGAUGAUUGUACAAGGACCCCAAGGAGCCCCCGGUCCAGCCGGGGUUUCUGGGGCCCCAGGAUUACAAGGACCUCCAGGACCACCAGGAGAUCGGGGUGAGAUGGGUCCUCCUGGGCGUCCCGGCAUUCCGGGUUCAGACGGUGUUCCUGGACCUCCAGGAACCAUCCUGAUGCUCCCGUUUCGUGCCGGGGGCGAGGCACACAAGGGGCCUGUGGUGACGGCCCAGGAAGCUCAAGCUCAGGCCAUCCUGUCCCAAGCUAGGCUGAGUAUGAGAGGAUCUCCGGGCCCGGCGGGACUAACUGGAAGACCUGGUCCAGUGGGAAACCCUGGAGCUCCAGGACUCAAAGGUGACAGUGGAGACUCCGGACCGCAGGGCCCCAGAGGUCUUCAGGGACCAACUGGUCCUCCAGGAAAGGCGGGAAAACGGGGUCGUAACGGCGCCGACGGAGCCCGAGGCAUGCCUGGAGAGGCCGGAGCCAAAGGUGACCGCGGGUUUGACGGACUGCCAGGCCUUCCCGGACAGAAAGGUCACCGGGGGGAGCAGGGCCCCACGGGGCUUCCAGGCCCCCCAGGACAGGACGGUCCCAGAGGAGAAGAUGGCCAGGUUGGACAAAGAGGCGUGGCUGGAGAGAGUGGGCCUCGAGGUCUGCUGGGCCCCAGAGGCCUGGCUGGUCCUGGAGGACAGCCUGGUCUUCCUGGACUUGAUGGCCAACCUGGACCCAAAGGAAACAUGGGUCCACAAGGAGAGCCGGGGCCUCCGGGGCAGCAGGGUAUGCCGGGUCCACAUGGUCUCGUUGGUCCUCAGGGUCCGAUUGGGCCUCCAGGUGAAAAAGGACCUCAGGGGAAACAGGGUCUGGCUGGACUGGCUGGUGCCGAUGGUCCUCCUGGUCAUCCGGGAAAAGAGGGUCCUGCGGGCGAGAAAGGUUCGGCGGGUUUUCCUGGUCCCAUUGGAUCCAUCGGUUACCCGGGGCCCAGGGGUGUCAAAGGUGCUGAGGGCAUCCGAGGCCUGAAAGGAGACAAAGGAGAAAAGGGAGAAGAUGGAUUUCCUGGCUUCAAAGGAGACAUGGGCAUCAAGGGGGACAAGGGUGAAGGUGGAGUUCUGGGGCCCAGAGGAGAGGACGGUCCUGAAGGCCCUAAAGGAACCUCAGGACCCACUGGAGAGUCUGGACCAAUGGGUUCAGCUGGAGAAAAGGGAAAACUGGGAGUUCCUGGAUUGCCCGGAUACCCUGGAAGACAAGGUCCAAAGGGCUCCAACGGCUUUCCUGGUUUUCCUGGAGCUAACGGUGAAAAAGGAGCAAGGGGAAUUGCUGGAAAAUCCGGCCCCAGAGGCCAGCGCGGCCCCACGGGUCCACGAGGAGGACGAGGACCACGAGGACCGACUGGAAAACCAGGUGCAAAGGGCACCUCAGGGACUGAUGGCCCCCCAGGCCCUCCCGGAGAACAGGGUCCUCAGGGGCCGCAGGGACCCGUGGGAAUGCCCGGACCCAAAGGACCCAAUGGCCCACCAGGGAAGGACGGGCUGCCCGGCCACCCGGGGCAGAGAGGGGAGACGGGCUUUCAAGGAAAGACUGGACCUCCAGGACCGGGAGGUGUGGUGGGACCUCAGGGACCAACUGGAGAGACUGGACCCAGUGGAGAGCGAGGACAUCCAGGCUCCCCAGGACCACCUGGUGAGCAAGGUCUACCAGGAGCUGCAGGAAAAGAGGGUGGAAAGGGGGAUCCAGGUCCCCAAGGUCAUUCAGGAAAGGUGGGGCCCCAGGGCUUGAGAGGCUUCCAAGGAGCAAGAGGUCUUCCAGGAGCCACGGGACCAGCCGGCUUAAAGGGAGGAGAAGGGCCCCAGGGCCCCCCUGGCCCGAUUGGUUCUCCUGGAGAAAGAGGACCUGCAGGUCCUGGUGGUCCCAUUGGUCAGACGGGUCGGAACGGUCCACAAGGACCCCCGGGUCCUGCUGGAGAGAAGGGUGCCCCCGGAGAGAAAGGCGACCUGGGUCCGGCUGGCCGCGAUGGGAUUCAAGGCCCGGGAGGACUUCCUGGACCAGCUGGUCCUCAGGGUCCACCAGGAGAAGACGGAGACAAGGGAGAGGUGGGAGGACCCGGACAGAAGGGAGGAAAAGGAGACAAAGGCGAGAGCGGUCCACCAGGCCCGAUGGGGUCCCAGGGUGUGGUUGGAGCUCCAGGUCCUGCAGGGAGUGAUGGCGAACCCGGGCCCAGGGGGCAGCAGGGCAUGUUUGGCCAGAAAGGAGACGAAGGACCUCGAGGGUUUCCGGGUCUCCCAGGACCCGUUGGAUUGCAGGGUUUGCCUGGACCUCCGGGGGAGAAGGGAGAGAACGGAGAUGUCGGUCCAAUGGGUCCUCCUGGUCCUCCUGGUCCCAGAGGUCCUCAGGGUCCCAGCGGAGCAGAUGGGGCGCCAGGCCCUCCUGGGGGUGUAGGCUCCAUGGGAGCUGUUGGUGAGAAGGGAGAAACUGGUGAGGCUGGAAACCCAGGACCACCUGGAGAGCCUGGCAUUGGAGGACUUCGAGGAGAGAUUGGUGAGAAAGGAGAAACGGGCCCCCCUGGUGCAGCCGGACCCCCCGGUGGUCGAGGACCCCCUGGAGAUGAUGGUCCUAAGGGUAACCCUGGUCCGGUUGGGUUCCCGGGAGACCCUGGUCCCCCUGGUGAGCCAGGUGUUGCUGGUCUCGAUGGUUUACCUGGAGACAAAGGCGACGAUGGAGAAGCAGGACAACCGGGCCCUCCAGGUCCGUCUGGUGAAGCCGGAGUACCAGGACCUCCUGGUAAAAGGGGUCCUGUCGGCAGAGCUGGAGCUGACGGCAGACAGGGAGAAAAAGGAUCCAAGGGAGAUCCUGGAGCAGAAGGACCUGCUGGAAAAACCGGGCCUGUGGGACCUCAAGGCCCUCCUGGAAAGCCUGGUGCUGAGGGUCUGCGUGGGAUCCCGGGCCCUGUUGGUGAACAAGGACUUCCUGGUGCUUCUGGUCUGGAUGGCCCUCCUGGACCAAUUGGACCCCCAGGACUUCCUGGAAUGAAAGGUGACUCGGGAUGGAAAGGAGAAAAGGGACAUCCUGGACUGAUUGGUCUGAUUGGACCUCCUGGUGAACCUGGGGAGAAGGGAGACAGAGGUCUGCCAGGACCUGCGGGGAAUGCCGGUGGUAAGGGUGAGGCUGGCAUCGGGGGUGCUUCUGGUCCUCUCGGCCCGCCUGGUCCUCCUGGAAUCCCUGGAGCUCAAGGACAGAAGGGGAGCAAAGGCUCAAGUGGCUCAGCGGGUCAGAAGGGAGACCCCGGACUGAUCGGACCACCAGGACCACCUGGUCCUCCUGGAGAUAUGAUCCAGCCGCUGCCCAUCCAGCAGCCUGGUAAGAAGAGCCGGCGGCAGGCUGACGUGCAGGCGGAUGAGGCCAUGGCCGACUACGCCGGCGUGGAAGGGAUGGAGGACGUCUUUGGAUCUCUCAACAACCUCAAACAGGACAUUGAGCGGAUGAAAUUCCCCCUGGGCACCCAGGACAACCCUGCCAGGACCUGCAAUGACCUGCACCUCAGUCAGCCCGACUUCCCUGACGGUGAAUACUGGGUCGAUCCGAACCAGGGCUGCAUUGGAGACUCCAUUAAGGUCUACUGUAACUUCACAGCAGGAGGAGAGACAUGCAUCUACCCCGACAAGAAAUCCUCAGGGGUUCGAAUAUCCAACUGGCCCAAAGAGACUCCAGGAGCCUGGUUCAGCGAAUUUAAGCGUGGAAAAAUACUGAGCUACGUGGAUGCAGCCGACAGCGCCAUAGACUCCGUUCAGAUGACCUUCCUGAAACUUCUGAGCUCGUCAGCACGGCAGAACUUCACCUAUAUUUGCCAUCAGUCAGUGGCCUGGUACAACGCCAAGACUGACAGCUACGACAAGGCUCUGCGCUUCCUGGGCUCCAACGACGAGGAGAUGUCUUAUGACAACAAUCCUUUCAUCAAGCCUGUGAUGGACGGCUGCUCGCUCAGACAGGGUUACUCCAGGACCAUGUUGGAGAUCAACACCCCCCGCAUCGACCAGCUGCCCAUCAUCGACGUCAUGCUCAAUGACUUUGGGGAAUCCAACCAGAGGUUCGGCUUCGAGGUCGGUCCCGUGUGUUUCCUGGGUUAGACACGCCCCUUCUCCCCGCUGACGGACAGGGUCAGAGGGUUCGUACGGACGUCCAUUUAGACCAAACCUCUGCCCCCCCACGAAGCAAGUUCUGUUCCUGUGUCACUGAGAGAUCCACGAAGGCCCUGUCCUGAAAGCGGCCCAAACCGGGCCAGAACCGCCUGACUCUGACUCUGUGACUCUGUGAUGCUGCGGCGGACAGUAGCGUGAGGAUCUGCUGGUCCCAGCUUCAUCCUCCUCUUCCUCCUUCCACCCGACCUGCAGGUUCUGCUCCGAUUCAGCCACCGAGCAGCUUCUCUGCACAAAUACUCCAGGUGCUACCAUCGGUGCGUUUUCAUCAAACUGUAAUUAUUUUAUUAAUAUUUUGUACAAAUGUGUGCACUCUCACGUGCAUGAGCCCUGUCUUCACCUUUGAACACAUACUUGGGAGGUCAUGCUGGAAUAAAGAAUAUAUUAAUGUCUCUGAAGGAUGCAGUGGAUGAGAAACUGAUCCGGAUCAACCCAAAGGUUUACACAUCGAUUUUGGACCUUCGUGUUAUAAAACGGUCUGAAUCGGAUUGACUUAUUACCACGUUGAAACAGGAAGUCAUGAAAACAGAUUUUAAAAUUCUAUAGAUAUUUUCUUCCAGCCAACAGUUAUACCUCAGAUGUGGACCUUAUUUUCCUGAGAGCAUGUUCCAAGUUCUAAACAGUUUGUCUUCUGGUUCCGACAGCAGCUGCAGAGAGGCUGCGGACAUGAUCUGUAUGUUUCCUCAUGCUGCCAUUGGAAAGGAUUAAAACUUGACUUUAAAAAUGCUGA